UAACAGAGAGAAAUGAAUUGAUUGGUUGCGUUUACCAAUUUCGUCGACUCACAAGUCCUCUCACUUGAACAGUCUCCCCUGUUUUUCACGUUUCCAUCUCUUCUGCAUCUCAGUUUUCAAGCAGAAGCAGCAAGAGAAUGGGAAAAAAAGUUGGAGAAUUUGGUUGAUGAUGGCGUGAUUUGGUUUCAAAGCGUUCCCCGUGUUUUUACAGAGAGAGGCUGAAGUUCGAGGAGAGAGGCGAGAGAGCUGUCUGAGAUAGAUGUUCUUGCAUAACACAUCGAACUCUGGAAUUCUUGCUUUGAUUCAGUUGUCAGCAUGGGACUGGUCAUGGACCGUUGUGUGGCUCUAAGGACAGUGAUGGUUCUGUUCUGUCUGGUGGUUCCUGCUAGGUGCCAACGGCCGAGCGUGGUGAACGUUGGUGCGGUUUUUACUUUCGAUUCGGUCAUUGGACGAGACGCAAAGGCAGCCCUUGAAGCGGCUGUGUCUGACGUUAACGCUGAUCCGACCAUUCUCAAAGGAACUGAGCUUAGGCUGGUGAUGGCGGAUUCUGUAUGCAGUGUCUUUCAUGGGACCUUUUCAGCUUUUCAAGUUCUUGGGGAAGAAGUGGUGGCUAUGAUCGGUCCUAUCUCAUCCUCCAUUGCUCAUACUCUGUCAGAUAUUGCCAAAGGGCUUGAGGUUCCUCUCGUCUCAUUCGCAGCAACUGAUCCAACUCUCUCUGCUCUUCAGUUUCCCUACUUUCUUCGCACCACACCUCACGAUGCUCGCCAAAUGGCUGCCAUGGCGGAUCUGAUCGACUUUUACGGAUGGAAAGAGGUGGUUUCUGUUUACUCAGACGACGACCUCGGUAGAAAUGGAGUUGCAGCCUUAGACGAUGAACUAUACAAGAGAAGAUCCAAACUCUCCUACAAAGUGCCACUCCCCUUGCACGCUGAUGAAAACUUUGUCAUUCAUGCUCUGAACAAAUCGAAAUCCCUCGGUCCCCGUGUCUAUGUUCUUCAUUUCGGCCCUGACCCGAGUCUCGGAAUCUUCCGUGUAGCACAGAAACUGCAGAUGAUGACCCGUGACUACGCCUGGUUCACCACAGAUUGGCUCUCUGUUACAUUAGAUUCUUCUCUGGAUGAUAAAGGUUUGUUGAAGAGUGUUGAAGGAGUAAUAGGUCUUCGUCAACAUAUCCCUGAAUCCAUCAAGAAGCAAGAUUUUAUGCAGAAACUGAAGGGAAACGGGUCGAUGAAUGCGUAUGCUAUCCGUGCUUAUGAUACAGUCUGGACGAUCGCUUACGGCGUCGAGAAGUUGUUGAGUGACGGAACCAACAUCACGUUUUAUUACUCCAAGAAGUUACUCGGGAAAAAAGCCACGAGACUGAAGCUAGAGAAGAUCAGAGUUUUCAACAGCGGUGAGCGUCUGCUUACAAAACUUCUGCAGGUGAACUUCAGCGGGAUAUCGGGUCCAGUUCAGUUCGGUCCUGAUCAAAACAUCGUUGGAGGUGACUACGAAAUCAUCAAUGUCGAUAAAACAGGCGUUGGAACUGUUGGUUUCUGGUCAAAGAAUGGAGGGUUUUCGGUUGUUCCACCAGAAACUCGAAAAACACGGAAGAAGAAUGGCAUUCUCGUGAUUUCGGAUGAUCAGAAACUCGGGGAAGUAACAUGGCCUGGAGGAAGGCGCGAGAAACCACGCGGAUGGGUCAUAGCGGAUUCCACGAAACCGCUAAGAAUCGUUGUCCCGAGAAGAGCAAGCUUCGUCAACUUUGUGACAGAACAGAACAGAAGCCAUCAGAUACAAGGUUACUGCAUCGAUCUCUUCAUCGAAGCGUUGAAGUUCAUCCCUUACAAUGUUCCUUACACGUUCGAGGCUUUCGGGGAUGGCCAUUCAAAUCCAAACUAUAACCAGAUUGUGCAAAUGGUUGCAGACGAUGUAUAUGAUGCAGCAGUCGGAGACAUUGCCAUUGUACCGAGUCGGAUGAAGUGGGUGGAUUUCUCUCAGCCUUACACUUCAAUGGGACUCGUCGUGGUAGUUGCCGUCGAUGAGAAGAAAUCGGAUACAUGGAUUUUUCUCAGACCCUUCACCAUUUGGCUGUGGUGUGUGGUAGUGGUCUCGUUCUUGGUGAUCGGCAUUGUCAUUUGGGUUCUCGAGCAUCGUGUCAACGACGCUUUCCGAGGGCCUCCGAAGCAGCAGCUGGCCACCAUGAUCUUGUUCAGCUUCUCGACUCUUUUCAAAAGAAACCAGGAAAAGACAGUAAGCAAUCUUGCAAGACUAGUGAUGAUAGUGUGGCUCUUCUUGCUAAUGGUCCUAACCUCGAGCUACACCGCCAAUCUCACUUCAAUACUGACGGUGCAUCAGCUUCCCUCGCCCAUCACCGGUAUCGGGAGCCUUCUGAUCAACAACUUGCCCAUCGGUUAUCAGAACGGUACGUUCACAGACCAGUACUUAACCGACAGUCUUGGUAUGGCUCGGUCGAGAUUGGUGGCACUUGGCACGCCUGAGGACUACGAGAGGGCCCUGCGGCUCGGGCCGAGGUCCAUCGGAGGUGUAGCCGCCAUUGUGGACGAGCUUCCUUAUGUUGAUGUGUUUCUGGCCGAGCGGACAGGCUUCAAGAUUGUCGGAGAGCCGUUUAUGAGGCGCGGUUGGGGAUUUGCAUUCAAGAGAGAAUCUCCAUUAGCGAUGGACAUGUCAACAGCGAUCUUGAAGCUGUCGGAAACGAGGAAACUGAGAGAGAUAAGACUGAAAUGGUUCUGCAAAAAGGGUUGUGCCGAGAAAAGAGGAUGGGAGCCAGAGAAGAAAAACGAGCUUCAGCUGAAAAGCUUCAAAGGGUUGUAUAUAGUAUGCAGCUCCAUCACGAUCAUGGCGUUUUCGGUGUUCGUUCUCAGAACGAUCCGACAGUUCGUGCGCUUCAAACGUGUCGAGAUGCACUCUUCCUCCUCCUUGUCGGCUUCUGUCUCUCCCGGCGGGAAGAGUUUCGGCCACUUGAUAUUUAGUUUCUUUGAGUUUGUGGAUAAAAAGGAAGAAGCUAUCAAGAGAAUGUUCAGAAGGUCUAAUGAUGAUGACGGCAAUAAUAAUAAUAAUAAUAAUCCUCAAGCUCAAGCUCAAGCUCAAGCUCAAGUUACUUUGGAUGCACGAAACUGAUAUAUAUAUAUAUAUAUAUAUAUAUAUGGCCAAUUAAGGCUUGUUCUUUACAUAGUUUCAGAUAGAUUUUAUGAUAUAUACAUAUGUAUA